UGGCACCGUGAAAAAACAAAGAAACAAUUUGCGGAGCUGUGAGCAGGAAAACAAACGAACUGGAAUUUAGGACGCUUUGUAUUCAGUCUCAGUGGGACCAAAUUUGUGAGUAGAACGCUGCGUGCAUGUAUUAAUCUGGACUGUGCACAGCACGGGACCCGACCCUCCUUUCGCACCAACAUCUGAACAUCAUAUUCAGGCCAAACUUCGACUGCUUAUUGGACUCGUAGAGACCUUUUUUGGCCCGUGCAGAAGGAUCUGUUUUUCCUUGAUUUUGCACGGGACCAAUCACUACCAGAUUGCAAACAGCGUUUGGUGAAGAAGGAUAACUGAGAAGAGUGUAAAUCACAAACAAGCGAGAGGUGAAGCAAGGACAAGACAGGUUUCCAAAUUCAUCGGCUUCGAGUUUCAGCCAUCGCAGGGGCGGGUGGGAGCGGCUCCCGCAUGGUAUUAAAGUGUGCAUUUGACCUAGGAUAAGUUGUCAACAAGAAGAGGGAGCAGACGCAAACUGGCAGGUGGACAAGUUCAUUUACAUGCACAUGCACGUAUAUUCACGCCACUAUAUAUAGAAGUUGGGUGAGGGGCGAGCAGCCUUAAUAAGUUUCUCCAGCCAUCGGCCGGCCCUCGCUAUAUAUAUCUAGCAAAUUGAUUUGCCCACCGUCGCUUUGGCUGUGAGGGCGGGAGCCGUCGCAUGGACUGACAUGGCCACCGACCUCGCCAUGAGCGCAGAGCUGCCAAACAGCCCGCUGGCCAUCGAGUACGUCAAUGACUUUGACUUGAUGAAGUUCGAGGUGAAAAAAGAGCCCCCGGAGGCGGAACGCUACUGCCACCGCCUCCCGUCCGGCUCGCUCUCCUCGACCCCCAUCAGCACGCCCUGCUCCUCCGUGCCUUCUUCGCCGAGCUUCUGCGCCCCGAGCCCCGGCGCGCAGCCCAACCAGAGCCUCUCCAGCGGGGUCACCAGCGCCGGCAGCAGCAGUAGCAGCAGCGGAAGCAACAAUCACAACAACGCGGGGAAGCCCCAGCUGGAGGACCUGUACUGGAUCCCGAGCUACCAGCAUCACAUCAACCCCGAGGCGCUCAACUUGACCCCGGAGGACGCGGUGGAGGCCCUCAUCGGGAACGCGCAUCACCAUCACCACCAUCACCAAGCCUACGAGGGCUUCCGCGGCCAGCAGUACGCGGGAGAAGACCUGUCCGCGGCCUCGGCGGGUCACCACCACCAGCCCCACCACCACCACCAUCAUCACCACCACCACCUCCACGGCCACCACGUCCGGCUCGAGGAGCGCUUUUCGGACGAGCAGCUCGUCAGCAUGACCGUGCGAGAGCUCAACCGGCAACUGCGCGGCUUCAGCAAGGAGGAGGUGAUCCGCCUCAAGCAGAAGAGGCGCACCCUGAAGAACCGAGGCUACGCGCAGUCGUGCCGCUUCAAGCGCGUCCAGCAGAGACACAUGUUGGAAACCGAGAAAUGCACCCUCCAGAACCAGGUGGAGCAGCUCAAGCAGGAUGUGGCGCGACUCGCCAAGGAAAGGGAUCUUUACAAGGAGAAGUACGAAAAACUGGCCAGCCGGACCUACUCCAGAGAUCCAUCCGGGAAACAGGCCGACUUCUUCAUGUGAGGGACUCCUUUAACUACUUGUAGCAUACGCAUAUAUAGACCUUGUCGAUUGCAACCCCGCAUAAACAUGACUGUCAAAUCUAUGAUUUUCUUGACAAGAAACAAACAAACAAACAAACAAACAAAAACUCUGGAACUAUAUUACAUGCGCUCUUAAGUAAUCUUUGAGCGCAUUUCAAGUCUUAAAAGAUCAUUCUACAGGCACAUGGGAUCACGUCAAAGUGACAUUUCGCAUCGUCUUAAGAGGUCGUGAAUAUAUCACUCAAGAAAAAAACAGUAAGACAUUUCAAAUCAUGUUGCAAGUCUAGUUCCCCGUAUUGCAACCCAGCAUGCAGGACAUGUAUGGUAACCUCAUUUUCCCCUGACUACUUUUACGUGUAUGGUCAGCAUGGCUCCUUUUCCGUAAGGCCUGGGUACGCAACAUGCUUACCCAAAAGGACUAAAAUACAACACAAUUGAGAAGAAUAUAUGGCUGCUUAUUUAAUGGCUAUUUUCAAUCAUUUUUUUCCCUAAAGAGAUUUGCUGAGCCAGAUUUUAGACUGUAUUUAUUUCCAACUGUACAUAAAAUGUAGAGCAAUAGUAAAUGCGUUUCACAUUCUCCCUUUUUCAAAAGACAUUGCUGGAAUGGUUCAAACAUGUCUUAAUUACAAUUGUUUGUAUGUUGCAGCAUGCAAAUCGUCUAUGGUGUGUAUACAUUCAAAACGUGUCAUGUCAAAGGCCGCCUAUAGUGCACUGAAUUUUUUUUUUAAUUAAAAAAAAAAAAAAAUGAACCUCAUUUUUUUAAAAGUCAUAAAACCUCCGGUCGCUAAAAAUAUUUUAUUUUCAAAGCUAACGCGUGUGAUAAUAAUGGCUGCUUGCGCUGCUAAAUUCUAUGCAUCAACUGAUGAUUCAAAUUAUGAUUUUAUUUCACCUUGCAUUUUGGCAAACGAAAAAUGUGCAUUCUACUGAUUUAUCUUGCAGCCUGCAUGGUUGUAUUCUUACGUUUCACUGUCGGCUGCUUGUAAGGACAUUUUCUGGCAGUUGAAUUUUAUAACUCGGAGUAGAACACAUUUUUCACGUCACAGUAAAUCGUUGUUUCAACUGCCUUGAUACAUGUGCAAUAUUGUGCAGAAGCGUUUCGGUUAAAAUUCAAAACAAUAACGAAUUAAUAUGGCAUUAAUAUAUUUCUAUUUUUCAAUUGUAUUUUUCCUUACUUCAUUUUUCUUACGAAAAAGCCAGCCCCAAUUAAAAAGCACCAACUUUGCAGUGCUGUAAUAAUGAGUCUUAAUACGAGUCAAUUUUCCGGCUUGGUCUUCAUCAUUAUUUAAAAAAAGAAAAUAAUGAUCGUAAAAUCCACGAACGCAAAGUUCUCCACAGUGCUGUUAAUGUACAUGUGUAAAUAGUUUCUAUAUUCAUUCAAUAAACAUGUCCUACUAUCGAGCCGACA